GGUGUCGGGUCUUGGGCGCGACCUCUCGACUUCUUUCUAGUUAUAGAAACUCUGUACAUCCUACCCGGUUAGCGAAUUGUUUUUGUGGAUCUCUACCUGGAGGCUGUCACUGCUCCAAUCCCGGGAGGAAGCUACCCAGAGAGGGUAGCUUGGCCAUAGUCUGGAGCUCUCGAGACUGGCUGCUAGCUUCCGUGCUUCUCCCCUCAGGGCUCGUUCCGCGUACUUGCCGGGGGCUGGCUGUGGGAUGUGCUGCUUCCCGAGCUCACCUCGGCGCUCGCUUUAGGAGGCUUGGGGACUUUCGCCUCUAACCCUCCGCAAUAGUUUAUAGCUGCCAGACAGACGGACCCUCGUGCCUCCUCUCAGCUGCAGCCAUGGCGGCCCCCGACCUAUCUGCGAACCUCCAGGAGGAAGCCACCUGCGCUAUUUGCCUGGACUACUUCACAGAUCCGGUGAUGACCGACUGCGGCCACAACUUCUGCCGGGAGUGCAUUAGCCGCUGCUGGGGACAGGCUGAGGGCCCGUUCCCGUGCCCGGAGUGUAGGGAGAUGUCACCGCAGAGGAACCUGCGGCCUAACCGACCGCUGGCCAAGAUGGCCGAGAUGGCCCGGCAGCUGCACCCGCCGUCUCCUGUGCCCCAGGGUUUGUGCGGCAGGCACCGAGAGCCUCUGAAGCUCUUCUGCGAAGAUGACCAGGCGCUUCUCUGCCUCGUGUGCGAGCGCUCCCGGGACCACUGGACCCACCGGGUAUCCCAAAUCGAGGAAGCCGCAGAAGACUACAAGGGCAAAUUGGAGAAAUUGCUGGAGCACCUGAGGAAGCAAAUGGAGGAAGCUCUACAGUUUCAGACUCAGGGAGAGGAGACCUGUACUAUUUGGCAGAAAAUGGUGGAGAGUCAGAAACAGAAUGUGACAGCUGAGUUUGAUAAACUGCGCCGCUUCUUGGCUGAGGAGGAGCAGAAGCUUCUGCAGAAGCUGGAGGAGGAAGAGAGUGAGACUCUACCUAGGCUCAGGGAGAAUAAGGCUAUACUGAUUCAGCAGAGCCAUUCCUUGGAAGAGCUGAUAGCAGAGUUAGAAGAGAGAUGCCAGCGCCCUGCGUUGGGUUUGUUGCAGGAUGUCAGAGAUGUACUUCAUAGGAGUCAGGAUGUGAAGUUGCAGUUACCAGAGGUCGUUUCCAUGGAGCUGAGGACUGUAUGCAGGGUUCCUGGGCUGGUGGAGAUGCUGAGAAGAUUCCGAGGAGAUGUGACUCUGGAUCCAGAUACAGCAAAUCCUGAAUUGGUCCUCUCUGAAGACAGGCGAAGUGUGAGACGGGGGGACAUACGGCAAGCUUUGCCUGACAGCCAGGAGAGAUUUGAUCCUGGUCCUUGUGUGCUUGGUCGUGAAGGCUUCACUUCUGGGAGACACUAUUGGGAGGUGGAAGUUGGGGAGCGGGUUAAUUGGGCUCUGGGAGUUUGUAAAGAAAAUGCGAACAGAAAGGAGACUGGGGAAUUGUCUGCUGGCAAUGGAUUCUGGAUCCUAGUAUUCUUUGGAAACUAUUACUAUUCUCCUGACCGGACCUUCAUUCCACUCAGAGAAGCUCCCCGGCGAGUGGGAAUUUUUCUGGAUCAUGAGGCUGGACAUAUUUCAUUUUAUAGUGUAACUGAUGGAUCCCUGUUAUUCAUGUUUUCUCAGGUAGCCUUCUCUGGGACCCUCAGGCCCCUGUUCUCCCCCUUAUCCUGUAGCCCAGUUCCUAUGACCAUCUGCCAGAUAAUUGGGGGAACUGGGGAAUCUUUUACCUCCUGAGUCCUCUGACACUUUAGCUCAACCCAUCUUUUGUGAUCAGGAAUUCUUAAAUUGGCUAUGCCCCUUUAAGUCCUAGGGCUAGUCUUGUCUCAGCAAUUCAAAAGGAUGUUGUAGAGAGUAUAAUGAGAUGUUUUUUGUUUUAAACUGGUGAAUAUGGACUUUGAUACCACUGAGAUAAAUAGUUUGGUGCCAAAACAUCAUUAAGCCUUCC